UUUCAUUUCACUUCGUUUCCUUUCUUUACUGGGUUGAAACAAAUACCAGAUAAGAAAGGAAACAAGAAAUUUUUCCUUGUCCCUGCAAAAUUCAGCAGUCGGUCCCCAUUCUGUACAGAGACCCGGGGCAGGUUUAGAAGUUUAGGAUUGUUGUUAGACUAUAAGUACCCAUCUUUUGAUAUUUGUUGUUGUUGUUGUUGUUCAGAGUAAGGUGCACUUUUGUUGCCUCUUCUAUGGGUGUUCUUGCUGAUUCUCAGUUAGGUGGUGGUGGUGGUGGUGGUGGGUAUGGUUCAUGGGGUGGUUGUUUCCGUGGUUUGACGAGGAGAAAACAAGUGGAUUCUAUGCAUGCUAAGUCUGGAAAACACCAUCAGUUGGCUAAGGAUUUGAGUGUUCUUCACCUUAUUGCUGUUGGUGUUGGCUCUACAAUUGGAGCCGGAGUGUAUAUUUUAGUUGGAACGGUGGCUAGAGAGCAUUCAGGACCAGCUCUCACCCUUUCAUUUCUAAUAGCUGGAAUAGCUGCAGCAUUGUCAGCCUUUUGUUAUGCAGAGCUUGCAAGUCGUUGCCCGUCUGCUGGGAGUGCCUAUCACUAUUCAUAUAUAUGUAUCGGGGAAGGUAUUGCAUGGUUGAUUGGUUGGUCUCUGAUUCUUGAGUAUACGAUUGGUGGUGCUGCUGUUGCUCGUGGCAUAUCUCCAAAUCUGGCAUUGCUUUUUGGAGGUGGAGAUAGUCUACCGGCUUUUCUGGAUCGCCAUUAUAUUCCUGGGCUUGAUAUUGUUGUUGACCCUUGUGCUGCAAUUCUAGUAUUUAUUGUCACUGGCCUUUUGUGUGUAGGAAUCAAGGAGAGCACAGUUGCACAAGGAAUUGUCACUACUGCCAAUGUAUGUGCCAUGCUUUUUGUCACAAUAGCCGGUAGUUAUCUGGGAUGCAAGACUGGAUGGGCUGGAUAUGAACUUCGUACUGGAUAUUUUCCCUUUGGAGUCAAUGGGAUGCUUGCUGGGUCUGCAACUGUCUUCUUUGCAUACAUUGGUUUUGAUACAGUUGCCAGUACAGCUGAGGAGGUAAAGAAUCCUCAAAGAGAUUUGCCAUUGGGCAUUGGAGCAGCAGUGUCUAUUUGUUGUGCAUUGUAUAUGCUGGUCUCCGGUGUUAUUGUUGGUCUGGUACCUUAUUAUGCAAUGGACCCUGACACUCCCAUCUCCUCUGCAUUUACCUACCAUGGGAUGCAAUGGGCAGCGUAUAUAAUAACAGUUGGAGCUUUUACUGCACUCUGCUCAACACUAUUGGGUUCACUUCUUCCUCAGCCACGGAUUUUGAUGUCAAUGGCAAGAGAUGGAUUGCUGCCAUUAUUCUUUUCAGAUGUUAAUGAACACACUCAGGUUCCAGUCAAGAGUACUAUUGUGACUGGUAUUGUUGCUUCAACUUUGGCAUUCUUUAUGGAGGUUUCUCAGUUGGCAGGAAUGGUUAGUGUGGGUACACUUCUUGCCUUUACUAUGGUGGCAAUAUCUGUAUUGAUUCUCAGAUAUGUCCCACCAGAUGAGGUGCCACUUCCUUCAUCACUCCAGGAAUCCAUUGAUUCUGUCUCAUUGCUAUAUGGUCAGAGUUCUGCAUAUAGUAAUGAGAGUAACCUUUAUGUUAACAUUGGCAAUUCCAGCGUUAGUGGACCUUUACUGUGCAAAAAGGUUGCACCUGUUGGUUAUCCUAUUAUUAAGCAAGUUCAAGAUAUAUUCAGUGGAAAGAACCGGAGAAAAAUUGCUGGCUGGACUAUAAUGUUCACCUGCGUUGGGGUGUUUCUUCUUACCUACUCAGCUUCAGAUUUGAGCCUUCCUAGGAUCCUUCGGUUCUCAUUGUGUGGAGUCGGUGGUGCUCUUCUUAUGUCUGGUCUGGUUGUGCUAACUUUUAUAGGCCAAGAUGAGGGAAGACAUAGCUUUGGGCACACUGGAGGUUUCUUAUGCCCAUUUGUUCCACUCCUACCCAUUGCCUGCAUUCUCAUCAAUGUCUACUUACUGAUUAAUCUUGGUGCUGCAACCUGGGCUCGUGUUUCAGUCUGGCUUAUCAUCGGAGUAUUGGUUUAUGCAUUCUACGGACGCACUCACAGCUCACUGCUAGAUGCAGUCUAUGUUCCUGCUGCUCAUGUUGAUGAAAUUUAUCGCACUUCUGGUUCUGAAAAUUCUGUGGCUUAGUCUGUUAAAAUUGCUAUCAUCCUGGCAAGCUGCUUCUGCAGUUAGUUUUACGGAAGAUACUCUUUGUUGUAAGCUUGAAAUUUCCCCUUGGGGAAUGCAUGAUAUCUUUUAACUUGAAUUCGAUCUCAAGUUUGUAUAGAAUCUAUUGUUGUUGAUAUUUGUAUGGGGCUUGGAGAAAUAGUGUAAAAAUAAUUUGCAAAUUUAAAAUGUUUGAUAGA